AUGGCAUCGCAACAAAACUCAGACUACGAGCUUUUAACAGAGCACUUUGGAUACCCUCCAGCCUCCCUGCUUGACGACAUCAUCAAUACAGUCAACGUCCUCGCCGAUCGCGCUCUUGACUCAGUCGAACGUCUUCUCCUCUCCAUCCCACCACAAGCUCUCGGUUUCUCUAGUAAACAUGCGCAGAAAGAUGGCUCUCCCGCAUUACCGCCCGAUGAAGCGGCUAAACUAGAGAUCGAACAUGGCACACACCAGCUCGAGACACUACUAAACGCGUCCAUUGACAAGAACUUCGAUUUAUUCGAGCUAUACACAAUGCGAAACAUCUUGACAGUGAGACCCGAUGACCAGCCAUACAUGCUCUUGGCGCAUUACGAGGGUCUGGACUUUGCAGGACUGGAAGGACAGGAUCGCCCAACGACUGAGUCGGUGACUGCACUACGGAGGAGAUUACAUGCUAGCCAGCGACUACAAACGGCGCUGGAAAGCGAACGGACACGUAAUGAUGCUCUUCUUGAAAAGUUGAGAUCUUUGCUGGGUGUGGUGCCGGGUGUAAAGGCAGAGGAAGGACAAGCUACCCCAGAUCCGCCGGCACCAGAUGGCUCAGCAUUUGGAUUUUUGCGCGAAAAGGCAAGUCUUCAAACCGCUGGGACCGACAAGCCCAUCGCGACGACGACCGAGUUCACUCUUUCUCAACUACAAGCCCUUCGUGCUCUGUCAACUUCACUACGCACAUUGCUUCCUGAUCUUGGCCCUGUGGAUGAGGGUACCUCUGCCGAUCAUACUGCUAGUGGUUCGCGCACCUGGAGGCGUGAGCGUCUGGAAUAUGUUGAGGGCGCAUCGCGGAAAUACCUGGAGGCAGCGAGAGGGCUGGAGCUUGGAGAGCAGGGUGAGGUGCGCGAUGGCGAAUGGCAAGGCGAAGGACGCAAAAUAACAAGAGGCGAUGUCGAGGGUUUAGAGCAGAUUGCUUCGAUGCUAGGACAAAAGUCGUCGACGACAGGGGAGGUUUCUGGUGAUGGAGAGCCAAUGGAUGAAUCAUAA